AUGAUAUCGGUGUUCCAGAUCUGGACCUCAAUCGGCACGCUCGUCGGUACUGUAAUUGACAACGCCACACACGACAUUGAUGGCAGAAAUUCCUACAUCAUUCCUCUGGCAACUAUCUACUUCGUCCCUGUGGUCAUCUCCAUCGGCUUGUUCUUCAUCCCCGAAUCACCCAGAUGGCUCAUGCUCAUGGACAAGCCCGAGCAAGCUAGCAAAGCGAUGCUGUGGCUGCGUCCCGACCAUAGCAUCGUGCCUGCGGAACUCGCGGAGAUUCAGGCUGCGAUCGAUGCGGAGAAAGCUACCAAGGACACCGCGAACUUCGUGGAUAUCUGGCGAGACCCAGUCGAUCGCCGUCGUACGCUCCUAUCCAUUGCCGCCAUAUCUACUCAGGCCGCCUCCGGUGCUAUGUUCAUGAUAGCUUACGGCACAUACUUCUUCCAAAUGGCGAAGGUCGGCAGCCCAUUCAUGAACAGCUGUAUCUUGGUUGCAGUUGGGGUUGUUGCCAUCAGCGUGAAUAGCUGCGUCAUUUCGAAGAUUGGGAGACGUCGGGUGUUUUUGAUGACUGGCUUGACCAUUUGUGGCUUGUGCCAGCUUGCUGUCGCAGCUGUAUACCACGUUUCUCCUGGUACAUCGUCUAUAUAUGUGGCUACAAAUGGUAUGAUUGCCGCAUAUGCCUGGCUGGCCGGUGGCGAGAUCCCCUCGCAGCGCCUUCGCUCGUACACUUUCGGCAUCGCAUCCGCCAUUGCAUUUGCUGGUGCCUGGCUGGCAACUUUCACUGCGCCUUAUUUCAUUAACCCUGAUGCACUCAAUUGGGGCCCGGAAUAUGUAAUCUGGGUGUACUUCUACCUACCCGAGAUCAAGAAUCGUACCCUGGAGGAGAUUGAUGAGAUGUUUGAAGCGCGACUCUCAGCACGCAAGUUUAGGAAGUAUGUCUGCGUUGGCCGACAUGUGCCUGACUCAGAUGAGAAGAUCGUGAGGCACAGUUUGAAUGGUAGUGACAAGGACGAGGUCGUCCAUCAUGAAGUUGUUGGCGUUGACAAGACUGGCUGA